AUGGGCCUCAUAACAGCGAAUACCGAGGAGAGCAUGGAUCUGUUCAUCAAAGGAAGCCGUGUUAGAGUCUCUCUCUUUGUAGACCCCGAAGAACAGUCUGACUUCAGAGUUUGGAUUAAUGGGCCUACGGCCCUCCACGCCAUAUACCCUUCGGGAGGUCUGCCGCAAGGGCGGCUGCGCCCUUGCCGCUACGGCGUUAAAAUACAACAACAACAACAACAACAACAACAACAACAACAACAACAACAACAACAACAACAACAACAACAACAACAACAACAACAACAACAACAAUGGCUUCGGCAGUGUCUGGACCACCACGAUUGCGGAAAGUCUCGUGGCUCGUUUCAACUACGUAGGCUGCUCAAUCUUCACGGCAACCGAGUCCGACUCAUCGAGACUGCUGAGGCUAGUGACUUUCAAUGGCCAUACGUCUGCCUCAGCCACCGUUGGGGCGACGCAAAUAUUGCACGAUUGAUAAGCACGACAGACAACAUCCACAACCAUAUGGAAGGAAUCAAAUGGAGCAACAUUCCAAAGAUAUUUCAAGAUGAUAUCGUUAUCUGUCGGCGUCUACACGUGGACUAUCUGUGGAUCGAUACGCUAUGCAUCUUGCAAGACUUUCCUGGCAUGUCGGACGAGAAAAAGCGGGUAACGAGUAUGGAUUUUGCAGCCGAGAACUCGGCCAUGGCGCGCAUCUAUCAGAGCUCUUACUUUACCAUCUAUGGGAGCGUGUCAACAAGUAUAGCCAGCGGCAUUUUCUCACCCAAGCUUUACGGGAGUCAUCAAAUCAAGGUCAGAGAUGUCAAUGGCAACAAGUCGAUUCUACGCAUCAGAGAAACGACAUCGCACUUCACAUCACCGACAGAUCUGGAGACAAGAGGCUGGACAUUCCAGGAGUAUCUUCUCCCUUCUUGAGUUCUAGAAUUUGGGCCUUUCGAUAUCUCUUGGAAAUGCAACGAAGGCUACCUCUGCGAAUGUCAACAUAAUACUGGAGCUGCUCAUCGGCGCGAG